AUGAAAUGUGAGCUGGGUGGCCGAGGACGCCAGAGCGUGGUGGGGAGAGACAAAGAGACCUCAGCCCGUAGCACAGCGCAGCCGACCCCUGGUCUGGGAACCCGUGCUAGAUUGGCCGGAGUCCCUACAAAGGCUCCCCAAGCAAUGGCCAAACCUAUGGUUUACUCUCCUCUAGGGAUGCGUCCUGUCCGCGCGCAACUCCGGCCACCAGUUUGGAUGGACGCACCGAGGCUGCCCGGGCGUCCUGGCAUCUUUCUUUGGAAGUUGAUCCUGAUUUUUGUCUAUGCAGAUGGUUACCUGGCUCAAUGUGGCAAAGACUGCAGAUCAUAUUGCUGCGAUGGGACCACCCCGUACUGCUGCUCCUACUACGCCUACAUUGGGAAUAUCCUCUCGGGUACUGCCAUCGCUGGUAUUGUGUUUGGAAUCGUAUUUAUCAUGGGAGUCAUUGCUGGCAUCGCCAUAUGCAUUUGCAUGUGCAUGAAGAACAACCGUGGGACCCGGGUGGGUGUUAUCCGAGCCGCCCACAUCAAUGCCAUCUCCUCCUAUCCUGCUCCACCACCGUAUAGUUAUGACCAUGAGAUGGAAUACUCUGUGGACUUGCCACCACCAUACUCACCAACACCACAGGCUGCAGCACAGCGGUCACCACCUCCUCCUUAUCCUGGAAAUUCAAGGAAAUGA